UAAUAUUAUUCAACCCAACAUGGAUUUUAUAGAGCGCGAACUGUGUGACAUUCGCGCUAAGUGCGAGCAACAAAUUGCAGAUAGCAAAAUAAUAAGCUGCAGCCCAACACUGGUGCGAAUUGACCUGCUGCCACACCGACCAAAUCGCACAUUGACCGUUUGUUUACGUUUUCCCGAGGAAGAUUAUCCGAAAGCUUCGGCUAUUCUAGUGGAGCUGAAGAGUAAAGUAUAUUCUGAGAGAUUUCAUGCGGAGCUAACAAAACUUAUAGAUGCGUAUGCUAGGGAGCACUUGGGUAGGCCGCAGGCUUUACUUGUGUUGAGCUUUGCUCAGCAAUAUUUGCUGGAUAAUCCGCUCUGCGUUUGCCUAGACGAGAUUAAGCAACUGCGAAUGGACCUAAAGAGCGAAGAACAGGCAGAUGAUAGGGGCAGCCAAUUAAAGCUGAAGCAACGCACCAGCAGUGUGGAGUUAAUAGCUCGUGGCGGAAACUAUGUUUACCGGGUCACAGCCGCUGUGCCCGACUCCUAUCCCAAUCAGUCGGUGGAGUUGCGUGGCCAGCAAUCAAAUCUCCCCAACGUAUUAAUUCGCUAUCUCAAUGGACAGUCGCGGGAGAUAGCGCGCCAGUGCGUGGAGCCACCGUUGCGUCUGAACAAGGAGCAGCUGGCCAACUUUCAGCCCGUUCGCAGUCUCUAUCGCACGCUAAAGUUUUGCCUCGAAGCAACACGAGAUUUCCACCAGGAGCUGUGUCCCAUAUGUGAUAAAACAGUAUUGCAGCGGGAGCCAGAGAACCUAGUGCUCGACGAGCAUGCGGAUGGCUUCGUAGAACGUGUCUACUGUGGCCAUCUCUUCCAUCAAGGGUGCCUUAAGCAUUAUUUGGCUGAGCCGCCGUUUCCAAAGGGCGGAAAGCUUUGCCCUGCCAAGCGGCGACAUCCGCGCUCCGAUGCGCAGACAUAUAUGGGCAGGGGAGGAACACUAGAAGCCACGUCCACUAGCUGCAAGAAAACCAUAGAGCCUGGAGUAUGUGGCAUAAAGCUGGCUCACGAUUGGGUUGUGAAUGUGAAGACAGCGGAGGCUCGUUGGGCACAAAAGCAGGCGAGGCAAAGGGAACUCGAAGAAGUUGUCGAUUUUCUACAGUAGUUGAACCUGGUAAGGAUCGGAUGGUAAAUAAAGAUUUUUUGUACAUAUAAUUCAUGUGUGAUGUAUAUUAUUCGAAUACGCUUAAGUGACUAAAGAUGCUAUGAAAUAAAUAAAAAACAAAUGAUAUUGAAUGGGAGUGAAUAUAAU